AUGAAACGCUCCAUGGCUCACCUGAAGAAUAUGUACCGCCUGACAGUUUCCGAAACAGAGAAAGACUCCGUGAUCCACACACCAGGGUUAUCGUAUGAAUCCAUAGACAGAGAUGAUUUGUUACAUCAGCAAGAAUAUUUGCCACCCACGUUGCUCGAUGAAACUGGAAGGACGAUAUUUGACUACGCACAGCUGACCUCAGACAGACUGACUUUUGUGGCUUCGUCAGAGGUCAUAUCAGAAAAGGCAGUGUACGAUACGUCUGUACCCAAGAGCCCAUUAGAUGUUUUAUAUCAACUCGGGUAUGUGGGCAAGUCUUCCCUUAGUACUGUAGCGUCCAUCGUUGUUCCCUCGACCGGACAGGCCAUCCUUAGAAACAUCAAUCAUCUUGUUGGAAUGGAUAAAACAAGCAGACGACCGAAACCACUUCCGGAUUGGUGGCGGGAGAAACAUGGCGGAUCCGCCAUCUUGAAGAAUCCAUUGAUCGUUCCAAGAUUGCAAAGACCAACUGACGCCCCUCAGUACACUGCCAAGGUAGCUUGGAUGCAUACUGACAAUUACAAUCAUACCAAUUACACCACUUACGUCGACUACUGCAUCAACGCUUUGCAUUAUGCCAUAGAGAAAGGUUGCAUGGGAGCCGUUAACAAGGAUGUGGUCAAACGUGGCAUCAAGUCCAUGAGGAACACUUACAUCGGGGAGAGUUUAGAGAAUGAUGAGCUGACUGUUUGGGUGUGGGCGUCGGACCAGGAUGACAGAACUGUUCAUUUCGAUGUUCAGAAAUUGGGCCAGUCUAUAUUCCAAAGCACGUUUGUUUAUCAUGAUGAAUAAUGAUGUUUUAAGGAUGUAUAUGACAUAAGUGAUGGUUUGAAAUGAUAAGGAUAGAUCUACACAACAGGAAAAAAGAAAAUUAUUUUCCACGGAUCAAUUAUGAAACAAAUGUAAUUUUCGAUAUAUUUCUUUAGAUGAAUUCUGAAGAGGUAUUAAUAAAAACAAACACUUUCGGUAUAGCUUGUACGGCAUCUGAACGAAAGGUGAAAGUCACAACGUUUGUGGAUCAAUCCGCACCGAACCUCAGUCCAUAGAUAUUGACAGCAGCGGUAACAUGGACUGGAUGAGUGAGUGAGUGAGUUUCUACGCAAUAUCCCAGAAAUAUCACGGCGGGGACACCAGAAAUGGGCUUCACAUAUUGUACCCAUGUGGGGAAUCAAACCGGGGUCUUCGGAGUGACGAGCAAACACUUUAACCACUGAGGCUACCCCACCGCCCCUCGACUAGAUGAACACUAGCAAGCCAGCUGUCGUGGGGCGGUGGGGUAGCCUAGUGUUUAAAGCGUUCUGGCGUCACGCCGAAGACCCGGGUUCGAAUCCCCACAUGGGUACAAUUUAUGAAGCCCAUUUCUGGUGUCCCCCGCCGUGAUGUUGCUGGAAUAUUGCUUAAAGCGGCGUAAAACCAAAUUCAGUCAGUCAGUCAGUCUGGUGUCCCCCGCCGUGGUUUUGCUGGAAUAUUGCUAAAAGCGGCGUAAAACAAUAUGUAUUCGUUGACCUUCAUCACCUGAUAAACAGCGGGCCCCUUAGUCAAGAUAAACACACCGAAAUGUAUUAUUUAGAUAUUUCUUUUUUUCUUUCUUAAUUGUUUCAGCUUUUAAAUACAGUGUCACGUUAAUGUGUGUGCACUGUGAAAACAUCAGAAAUGUGUGGAGCAAUAUUGUUUCCCCGGUAUGUAUAGUUAACCAAAUAAAUUCUUAAAUAUA